AUGGAGCCAUUCUUGCAGGAGAGAAAGCUGCAAGACCCGGUGCCGAGAUCGUGGAAAAUGCCCAGUGUCAGCCAUAGAGAUAAUCCUUUGCUAUCCAUAUCGAAAAGUGCGCUCGUUGUAUUUGACGGCGAUUCGGGAGAAAUCACACUUAAUCAAGAAAGCGAAGGCGGACUGCACGACUUAGCAACGGACCGCAACAAGAUUUGA